AGUCAUUAGAGACACCGGGUCUGGCGCUCCGGUUAGUUUUAGAGAAAGUCACCAUUGGAGCAGCGUUUUCUUUUUCUUUUUUAAGGAACCAAACUGUUCGUCUGAGCGACACCACUCGGGAUCGGGACACGACUCGGGAUCGGGCGGCGCCGACCUCGGGGACCGGCGGUCCCGCCCAGCGCCCGGGGUUCUGAGCCGGAGCGGGCUCCCUGCGCCCCGCAGCACCGGGGUUCCGACGGUCGGGCAGUGGGGCCGGGGCGCGGCGCUCGGCGGGCCCAGGCGGGGAAUCAUGGCAGCUGGUGAAGACAACAAAAACCAAAUUCAUAAGGAGUUUUGGCAAGAUGAAGAAUUUUGGAGAGAUAAACUAAAACAGAGAUUAGUGGAUGAAAUGGUAAAGGAAAAUAUUGAGUUAAAGAUGGAGAUCCAAAAGCUUGAAGCGGAGUUACAAGAGGCCACCGGAAACUCUGAGAUUAAAGAGGAUAUUCCCGAAAUGAAGAUGAAAUUCACAGCCCUAGAGAAUCCUGAGAAUGACAGCCAGUAUUUAAAUAUCUCCUGUUCAUUUCAAGUGAGCUCACAAGUUCCUUAUGAGCUACAAAAAGGAGAAGCGCUUAUCACCUUUGAGGAAGAAGAAGUUGCCCAAAAUGUGAUCAGACUGGGGAAACAUAAUGUGAAUAUAAUGGAUAGAACUGUGGAGGUUGUGGCCAAGCCAGUUCUAUUAAAACCAGGAGUCAGAUUCCAGGUUCAUGCGGAAGUGUCUAAAAUGAAGAUUAAUGUUACUGAAAUUCCUGAUGAACUGCCUGCAAAUCAAAUGAGAGACAAGCUGGAACUGAGCUUCUGUAAGUCCCGGAACGGCGGCGGCGAGGUGGAGAGCGUGGAGUACGACAAGGAGGCGGGAAGCGCGGUCAUCACAUUUGUGGAAACCGGAGUUGUUGACAAGAUUUUGAAAAAGAAAGACUAUCCUCUUUAUAUAAAUCAGGACUGCUUUAGAGUCGUCGUUUCUCCGUACAUAGAAACACACUUGAAAAAGUUUCAGGUAUUUUCAGGAAUAUCUAAGAAGACGGUGCUUCUGACCGGAAUGGAAGAACUUCAGAUGAUGGAUGGGGAAGUUGUGGAGGAUUUAAUCAGCAUUCAUUUCCAGCGGGAGAAGAAUGGAGGCGGAGAAGUCGAUAUGGUCAAAAUUUCUCUCAAUCAACCUUGUGUAGCAUACUUUCAAGAAUAGGCUUAUGGAACCAUGAUGGUUAGAGCUUCUGAGCCCCACUCACUAUCGGUGUUUGACGAAAAGGAAUAUCUUUCUCCUUAAAAAAUGAAAGCUUUAAUUCUUAGUUUUAGAUAUUCAUAGAGACAAAUAUAUAUUUAUGAUUCUGAAUUCUUCCGUGAUUUCUACUGUCCUGCAUAUUUACAAGUACAAUAAGAGCACUAUAUUAAACACAGUUUUGUUCAUAAAUUAUGUGGACUGGUGCCAUGUCUGUUGAAAUCAACCGUAAGUGAUACAAUUGUCCUCCUGCCACGUUGGCCCCUUCUGUCAUGGUCAAGUGGGCCAAUUCUGCUUUCACGCCAGCUCCAAUUUGCAGGCUUUACUCCUCACAUUUCCCGAAAGAACUGUUACAUUCAGCAGUUUGUGAUUUCUGUAGACUUGACUGAAUUUUCAAGGGACUUCAAGAGUAAUCAUUUUCCAUUUUCCAGAGUAAUUCCACAGCUCCAAAGGUAUGUCUCAGAGCCAAGUGUAGUUUUCCCUUGAACAUUCCAGAGUAUUAAAUGCCCUCUAUUCCAAGAUAUCCCUCUCCAAAUAGAAAUCGUCAAGACAAGAAUGUUCUUUCUUUUACGCUCAGUGGAGAAAAUAGGUUUGAGGGAUUGACAGCCUUGGAAUAAAGAGAGAGGUGAAUGCAAAGCCACUGGCUCAUCACUCAUGCCUGAUGCUGGGGCAUCCCGAAGGUAAAAACACAGUACCUGUCCUCCAGGAGCUAAACAUUUAGAUGGAGAAAGGCC